AUGCUCAUAAAUAUACUUAAUAAUAUAUCAGGGGCUAUUGUAUCCCUUGAUUUAUCUAGUGAUACAACUAUAGGAAUAUUAAAAUCUUUAGUGGCUUGUGAACUUAAAAUAUCAGCUUCCUCUUUACAAAUAAUUUAUAAUGGCAGAAAUCUGACAAAUGAACAAUAUACUUUGGAAAAUUACUCAAUAGAGAGUGGUGAUAUUCUUGUUGUAAAUUCAACUGGAGAAUUUUUGGGAGAAACUCAAAGUAAUACAAGUCAAGUUUCUCAUGAGACUCUCGCUUCAAAUUUAUUAGAUCAUGCCAGAUUAGAUGAAUCAAUUGCUCGUACUCUAAUCAAUGCUAAUCCUGAAUUCCAGAGUGCUAUAGAAACUAAUAAUACUGAAGGAUUUCUUAUACUAUUACAGAAUGAAUUUCAGAAACGAGUUCAACCAUUGAAUUCUAAUUCUUCAAUUAUAAAUACUCCUUUAGAUCCUCUAAGCCCGGAAUUUCAAAGACUAGUUGAGGAAGAAGUAAGAAUGAGAAAUGUUAAUGAAACCUUAGAAAUGGCCCAAGAACAUUUACCAGAAAGUUUUGCUCAAGUUCAUAUGCUCUAUGUUAAUAUUGAAGUUAAUGGAAUAUUAAUUAGAGCUUUUGUAGAUAGUGGUGCACAAACUACUAUUAUGUCAAAAAAAUGUGCUGAAAAGUGUAAUCUAGUUCGUUUAAUAGAUAAUAGAUUUCAAGGUAUUGCUCAUGGUAUUGGAACAAGCAAAAUACUUGGUAAAAUUCAUAUGGCUCAGAUGAAAGUAGGUCAGACUUUCUUUUCUGUAUCUUUUACAAUUUUAGAAGGUGGAAUAGAUUUUUUAUUUGGUUUAGAUCUUUUAAGACGUCAUCAGUGUUGUAUAGAUUUGAAGAAGGGAAUAUUAUCUAUUGGAAAUGAACAAGUUCCAUUUCUUUCUGAAUCUGAAACUAAAGAUAUAGAUAUAUUUUCUAGAAAUAGGCUACAGACAAAUAUUCAAGAAAUAAAUAGUCCAUUAGAAGAUGAGAAACUUCAACAACUUAUGUCACUUGGAUUCAGUGAAGAAGAAUCAAAAGUAGCCUUACAGGAAUGUAAUGGAAAUGCAAAUCUAGCAGCUUCAAAAUUGCUCUUUAAGCAUUGA